CUGAAAAUGAAGGGUAUUCUUAUCACAGACCAAUCGUAGCAGUAUCUCAGCUGUAGCAUGAAUUAAAGCGAACGACCGGAAUGAUUUGUUGUGAACUUGCAUUUUUCCUCUGUAUCAAUCAGUGGUUAGCAAGGCAUAGUUGAGUGAAGACGUGAGUUCUAUCAGUAUGUCAUCCAUUGAACCAGUGGUUUUGGUCCACGGGGGUGCAGGGGACAUUCCUGCCGAACGGGUCGAGGGCAAACUGGUAGGUGUGAAGUUGGCUGCCAAAGUGGGCUACGCAAAACUUCGAGAAAGUGGCUCCGUUUUGGAUGCAGUCGAGGAAGCAGUUCGUAGCAUGGAACUGGAUCCGUAUUUUAACGCUGGAUAUGGAUCAGUUUUGACAACGGAAGGAAAUGUCGAAAUGGAAGCUAGCAUUAUGAAUGGAGCAACGCUAAGAGCAGGUUGCUGUUCGCUGGUCAAAGAUAUUAUGCAUCCGAUAAGCUUGGCGAGGAGGGUGAUGAAGACUCCGCAUAAUUUUCUUGGUGGGGACGGUGUUAUGCGAUUUGCAGUGGAAGAGGGUUUUGAAAUCAUGGAUCCUUCUGGGCAGUUGGUAACGGACUAUGCCAAAGUGGCCUUAGAAGAAUGGAAAGAAGGUCAACGCAGAGGCGAAGUAGGGUUUGCGCGUACAGAGAUUGGGUCUUCAAAUAAAUAUAAUAAAGCAGAAGUGGGCACGGUUGGAGCCGUUGCAAUCGACAAUGCAGGAAAUAUAGCUGUAGCAACUUCAACAGGAGGCAUUACAGGAAAACUUCCUGGGAGAAUUGGUGACACACCUCUGGUAGGAGCCGGAACGUAUGCGGAUAAUCGAGUAGGAGGUGUGUCUACCACAGGUCAUGGGGAAACUAUUAUGAGAUAUUCCUUAGCACACGAUAUACUCAAAAGAAUUGAAUAUCUUGGAGAAGAUGCUCAAACAGCAACAGAACAUUCCUGUAAAGCAAUGACUGAGAGAUUGACUGGAACUGCAGGUGCCAUCACCAUUGAUCGCAAAGGGCAAGUUGGCAUUUCAUUCACCUCUAAGCGAAUGGCAUGGGCAUAUAUCAAGGGAACACAACUUAAGUACGGAAUAGAACACAACCAACACCACGAAGAAACUGUACAAGAAUAAUGAAAAUCGGAACACACUUACCGCUUGUCCAGGCGGCGAUAUUUAUGUGCCGAUGUCAGUCUGUAUUUGAAGUGUUCAAUCUGCCUUUCAAAGUUGCGAUUCAUUUUCGGCUGCUUUACCGUAAAUUAAAUACAAACAUAUAUCAUUGUUUAA